AUGCCUCCACAACUCAAGAAUCUUGACGAUAUUGAUAUUUCCGAUUCAUUUAGUUCGACAUUAAGUGGAGAAGAUUUUUUAGUAAGAGAUUCAAUAGCACCUUCAAGACUGUCCCGACCAUUUUUUGUCAAUUGUAUACAAUCCAUGCUCCUAUCGGAGUAG